GCCAAGAGGCAAAGAUAGUGAAGAUCCUAAAUAUCUUCACCUCCCUCGAUUUCUCAUGCAACAAUUUUGACGGGCCUAUACCUGGAGAAAUAGGAGAACUCAAAUCAUUAUAUAUUCUUAACUUGUCGCAUAAUGCUUUCAUGGGUCAAAUCCCCCCGUCUCUUGGAAAAUUGAGUAACUUGGAGUCACUUGACUUGUCAAGUAACAAGCUGACAGGUGAGAUUCCAUUCCAACUUGCAGAUGGUCUUAUUUUCCUAUCAGUCCUUAACCUUUCGUUCAAUCAAUUGGUGGGAAAGAUUCCACAGAUCAAGCAAUUUGCUACAUUCUCGGAAACUUCCUAUGAAGGGAACAUAGGAUUAUGUGGCAUUACUUUGAAAGAAAAAUGUACACGUGAAGAGCCAAGAUCAUCGCCUCCAACAUCUGAAGAAACUCAUUCGAAUUCUAGAAAUGCGAUUGACUGGAACUUUUUGAGUGUUGAAUUGGGAUUUAUUUUCGGCCUUGGGAUUGUUAUUGGACCUCUAAUGUUUUGGAAGAGGUGGAGGAUAUGCUACUACAAACAUGCUGAUGACAUCUUUUUCAAGAUGUUCCCUCAACUAUAUAUUAAAAUAGAAAAUCGUCAAAGACAAGCACACAAGAAUCUAGGACGGAGGCAUUUAGUGAUGAACAAUGCAAUCAGGUGACUUAAGAGUGCUCAUGGAAUGUGGAAGCCAAAGUAAGUCAUGCUGAUUGGUGUCACACUUGCCUUGACAAUUCACAUAUGGGAUGAAGAAUUACACAAUAGUGAUCACUAUUGUAUAUUAGUACUCGAAUUCUAGUGUAAGAUUUGUAAUAUUAGUCUAUACUCAUCCAUCCAAUGUGUAGUUCUAGUGAUUACGUAAAACGUUCGCACUACCAAGUUCAUUGGGAUGCCACUUUUGUAUCUCACUGAGUACGUAGUGGUAUGUUUGUAUUCUAUUUUUGUUUUUCACCGAGUUGUGUGCUUCUUCAUA